AUUAGAAUAAUGAUCCUUACUGCAAGUUGCAAAUAAAUAAUGAAUUAAUAAUGUGGCACUGGCUUGGCUCCUUACUAUAUAGAUAUACAAGUUUACACGCAGCCAAGCCAAGUAUCAAUAGUUCAGCCUGUCCAGUUAAAAUUUAGAGAAAUAACCUUAGAUGGGAUACAUUCGCUUCAUCUCCACGACCACUGUUCAACCCACAUUCCACAAGGAACUUACUCAGAGGAUUGAGUUAACUCCAUGGGAUCUACAGCUCCUCCUAUUAGAUCACAUCCAAAAGGGCCUUCUCUUCCACAAACCAAAAUCCAGUACCUAUGAGCAAGACCCCAUCCCGAGCUUGACUGAACACCUAAAACACUCCCUCUCCCUCACCUUAGACAUCUUCUAUCCCCUUGCUGGCCGUCUUGCAAUUACCGAAAGUGAGGAUGACAACACUACCUCUUUCUCCGUCGACUGCAAUGGCGCCGGAGCUGAGUUUGUCCAUGCAGUUGCUGAUGGUGUCACGGUGGCGGAUAUCCUUGACUCUGUUUUGGUUCCUGAUGACAUUGUUUACUCAUUCUUUCUGAUGAAUGGGGUUUUGAACUACGAAGGCAGUGGAUCCAAACCCCUGCUUGCAGUGCAAAUAACUGAGUUGGUUGAUGGCAUUUUCAUAGGUUGCACAAUGAACCACUCUGUUGUUGAUGGGUCAUCAUUCUGGCAUUUCUUCAACACUUGGUCUGAAAUCUCUCGACGUGGUAGUACUAAUUGUGGCAAAAUUUCGCAACCUCCUCCUGCUUUUGGCCGCGAAUUUCUCAACGGCAUGAUUGAUCUCCCGGUUCGCCUUCCAAACUUUCAAAACAAAAUCCCGAAACUUAGGUUUUCAGCACCCCUUCUUCAACAAAGAGUGUUCCAUUUUUCCAAGCAAAACAUUGCACAGCUCAAAGCGAAAGCCAAUGCCGAAAUGGGCACCACCAGGAUCUCAUCCCUUCAAGCACUCUUGGCUCAUCUUUGGGUGUCCGUGACCCGCAACCAGCGUCUCGAAACUGAUCAAGAGACAAAGUACAAAGUUGUAGUAGGCAUGAGGCAGAGAUUGCAGCCACCAUUGCCAUACCAAUACCUUGGAAAUGCUGUUCUAUGCGGCAUAGUAACAUCCACAGUAGGCGAGUUGCUUGAUCGCGGACUAGGCUGGGCGGCUUGGGAAAUGAACAAGGCGAUUUCUUCAAAAACAGAACAAGAUGUAAGGAAACAGUUGGAGGGUUGGAUAAAAGAUCCUAAAGUGCCAAAGCUUGAUGGCUUGGCAAGCAACUCAUUGUUGACAGGAAGCUCACCGCGGUUCAAUGUGUUUGGCAACGACUUUGGUUGGGGAAGGCCUCUGGCCGUUCGAAGUGGCGUUGGGAACAAAUUUGAUGGGAAGUUGACUGUGUUUCCUGGGGCUGAAGAUGGGAGUAUUGAUUUUGAAGCUUGCCUUUUGCCUCAGACACUACAAGCUUUGGCACAAGACGCAGAGUUCACGGCCAGUCUGGCUGCUUGAUUUUUUUUAUUUUUUUUAUUUUCUUUCUCUUGCAAUUAUAGUAGUCAAGGUUCAGUGGUCACUGCCACUCCAAUAAUUCUGUGUUGGUGUGUAAUCCUUCAGCCGAAGUUUUUGAAGCUACAGGAAUUACAUUUACCUUUCUUUUUAAGUUGUUUUAUUUCUCAGCUUUAUUGUACACCCUUGGAUCACAGUCCAAGUGUUUUCUUAUCUAGCCUAGGAUAUAAUCUGUCAGAUUGUGACAAGUGUAAUCAUCUCAUAGGGUGAUAGGAUCAAAGGCUAGGAUUUAGUUUCUGUGUAAAGCAGAUUAGAGAAGCUUCUUACUUCUCUCUUCUCAUACGAAUAUACAUGAAUAGUAAUGAAAAAAACAGAUUUCUUCA